CUCGACAAACUCGUCGGCCUCGCCAUGCUCGUGGCCGCCAGCGUAGUCUUCCUCUACUACACCAUCUGGACAUUAUUGAUGCCCUUCGUCGACUCAGACCACCCCCUCCAGAACUUUUUCCCGCCUCGCGUCUGGGCGAUCCGCAUUCCCGUGAUCCUGCUCCUCCUCGGCUCGGCCGUGGUGGGUUCUUUCCUCAGCGUGGUUAUGAUCCGCAGCAAUCGGAAGAAGGCGGCCAAGGCCAAGGCGGCCGCGGCUAAGAAGAAGGCGUGA